AUGAAGCGAUGCACGACAGACGUUUCGCGCAGACUGCGUGCUUCUGACCUGGCGUUUGCGGGUCGGCGAUGGACGUCGCAUGCCAGUGCCUCUUUGACGGACGAGGCGCUGCUUGAAAAGGUUGGCGCGCGGCUCAACGACGACAAGUACGGAGAGAAAAUCACACUCGAUUCUAAGAAAAAGACGAUAUCGACCGAUUCUGGCGAGCUGCCCAUGUCCCCCUUGUUUGACCCCGCGUGGAUCAAAUCACGGAGGCGAAAAGCAAAAGAACCGCCGCGGCCAGCAACUGGCCAGUUCCAAAAGCAUCUUCGGAAGAACCCAUUCGCGCAGGCCCUGGCAACACCGCUGCGAUACUGUCCCGUCACCAAGACGCAUCAACCGCGAUACUUUUUACAGCGAUUCGACGUAAUUCGACAUCCAGAAACGAAGAAAGGCUGGCUAGCUCCCUCAAACGACGAUUACGGCCACAUACAAAAAAACCAUGAAAUACGAGCAGACGGGACGCCCAUCGCGGCGUCAGCUAGCAAAGCAAGCCCUGGCAGCGCAGACGAGCAUGCACCCCGGGUGACGGGGUACGUCGCGUCGCAAAAGUCCGUCUUCGAUGCACUGUCGGGGCCGAACAAGCGGUUACGGGGCUCCCUGCUCGCGCGCCGGGCGGGCAUGUCUGUGAGCCCGGACGCCAGCGCGCCAGUGUGGCGGCACGACAUGAGCGAGGUGGUGCUGCGGGAGAUGCGCCGCGAGGCGGCCGGUGAGCUCAUCCGCCGAGCAGCCGUGGCGAAUCACAAGUUUGUGCAGCCCUGCGCGCGGUGGGCGGACGUCAAGGACGUGGAGCGGCGCGGUUGCAUCCUGUGGCUGCCGCGGGCGGAGGACAGGGCGACGGCGCGGCAGCACGCGACGUUUGAUGUCGUCGACGCCAACUACGAUUCCAAGAUGCCGGUUCAUAACUUAAACUGGCUGCUGGGCGAGGAAGAGGUCGCGAGGCUGCGCGGCGAGUCGGACGUGUUCAGGGAUAAGGGGCUGCUGGUGCUGAAGAGCUGGCCGACCAAGACCAUGGUGCAGUUGCACUUGCUUUUGUGGAAGCUCCAGGGCUAUUUGGAUGGUCCAACGAAAUAG